CGCCACUUCCCAUAGAUGUGCUGCUGGUCAUAUAAAUAGGCAACUCGUUUUCCUCCUCUUCAAUUCGCAACUUCUUCCACCACCAUGACUUCUGUUGAUAUGACAAAACUCAAGGGUAUACCCCACCUCAUCAAUGCCGAACCAAGUAUUCCGUCUCCGCGGGACGAAUCACUCGCAGAUAAGCCUUGGGAGCAACUCUCAAAACUACUUGCGCCGAAACUCCAGAGCCAAGAUAAUUCAGAUGAUGAUGACAAGGCCAAAGAAGCAGAACAACACAUUGCUAACGAUCAGUAGCACCUAUAUAUCCAGAUGUUUACUUUUUUAUAUAUAUAAACCAAUUUGCAUUUUCGAGCAGCUUAUACUUUCAUUAAUGGCAAAGCUAUAAGCAAGCUGUACUGUUUUCUCUCUGUUUGUGAUUAUAUUCGUAUUUUGUAUUUUUCUACUGUCCAAACAAAGUAAUUCAACGACCUUAUACUAUUUGCAUCAUUUAUGUCCAUGUAUACUAGGAGAUCAGUUGGUUAGUAGAAGGUAUCAGAGAGGUGUCUUUUGAGGAGAUCGGGCUUACCUGAGGACCACCGCCACCUUCGGGAACAGCCCAAUCAAUAUUCUGCGAUGGGUCCUUGAUAUCGCAAGUCUUGCAGUGGACACAGUUUUGAGAGUUGAUUUGAAGUCGCUUUUCGCCAGGUUUAGUCUCGUCGUCUACAAAUUCA